AUGAAUAUUGAGUUUGAGAUAGAUGGUCAAAAGUAUAAAAGCUUUGACGAGGAAGAUGUCAUAUUAAUGGAAGAAAUUUCUUCACACAUAAAAGAAAAUUUCACUUCAAACAAAUUUUCAUUGCCUAAUUUCAAUACAAAGAUAGAAGUUGGUGAACUAAUAGAUGACGCGUAUUGUCAAGAAUUUGUAAAUAUGAUAGAUGAAAAUAUCGGAGAUCUAUAUGAAAGACAUAAAGGCAAAGACUGGAGAGAGGAGAAAAUGAUCGAAUUGGAAGAACCAGGGUUGAUAUUCAUAUGGUUGACCAAUUUUAAAGACGUCAUAAUUGCAUAUUUAAGUUUCAAGCUUUGUUUGGAUGAUGAUGAUGUAUUGGUUUUAUAUUUAUUUGAAAUCCAUAUUCUAAAAGAAUAUCAGAAUCAAAAAAUUGGGCAACAAUUGAUAGAUGAAUUUCAUAACCUUGUGUUAAGUUUGAAAAAUUCUUCAAAUAAAUUAUAUCAAAACCUUAAAGGAUCUGCAUUGACUGUUUUUGCGGACAACGAAAUAGCUUUGAAUUGGUACCAAAAUAUGGGGUACGCUUUAACACGUAAUUCACCAAAGAACAAAAUUUUAAGGAAUCAAAAAGUGAUCAAACCUAGCUACUACUUGAUGAGAAAAAGUAUUUGA